AUUUUUCCCCCUCUCCAUCUCUCAGUCCCUACGGAUGCUUUCGGUUUGCUCCAGGAAAUGUGUUAACCCCUUUGUAUGGUGACAAAGGGGUGUGUUAAUCUCACCGAGUUAGGAGGCGGCACAUGGGGGUGGAUGCCAGGGAGAGUGUGCGUGUGUAUGUGUGUGAGGCAGAUGCCUGUCAGAGUGUUCACCGGCCACACACAUGCUGCACGAGCCAGAAAAUGCUUUGCAAAAUACACACUUGAUACACUACGUGUGACCAGGAAAGACCGCUACUGAUUUACUGCUCUAAUAAGAGCGUCAACAUCAUUCUAAGUUGCUGACAUCUGUCUGUAAGGAGAGGAUCCGGUCAUUUCAUACCAUCUAAACUGUCUCACCGGCUAUUCGUGGAUUCCCCCCUGCAUGUUUGAAUGGUCACAUUGAGUGUGAAUCACAAGGCCCAGUUGCUUUGACCUGGAGGGGAAGGAUUUUGAUGUAACGCAGCCUUGCCAUGGACGGGAAGAGGAGCUGCUCGCUCUGUGGAGGAGCGAUGAUGAUAAUGAUGAUGAUGAUGAUGAUCAGUCACAUGACCUCCGCAUUAGAAGUGCCUCUAGACUCUAAAGUUCUGGAGGGAUUGCCUCAGCCUCCAACAAUAACUAAUCAGUCCCCCAAGGAUUAUAUCAUCGACCCUCGGGAGAACAUCAAUAUCUUCUGCGAGGCGAAAGGAAAGCCUCAUCCCAGCUUUUCAUGGACACGUAACGGCACGCAUUUUGAUGUGGAAAAGGAUCCCAAAGUUGUCAUGAUGCCCGGCACAGGCAAUCUAGUCAUCGACAUCAGCGGAGAGAAGGCUGAGGUUUAUGAGGGUGUUUAUCAGUGCAUCGCCCGCAACGAGCACGGCUCUGCUGUGUCCAAUAACAUCGUCAUCCGUCAAUCAAGGUCCCCCUUGUGGUCAAAAGAGAAAAACGAACCAAUCACAGUGCAGAGAGGAACGUCUCUAAUACUGCAGUGCAGACCCCCAGCUGGCCUGCCUCCUCCUAUCAUCUUCUGGAUGGAUAACAAUUUCCAGAGACUUCCCCAGAACAGUCGUGUGUCGCAGGCUUUAAACGGAGACCUGUAUUUCUCCAACGUGAUCAUGGAAGACACCAGAAACGACUACAUCUGCUACGCCCGCUUCCCACACACUCAGACUAUCCAACAGAAACAGCCCAUCACCGUCAAAGUGCUGGACAUUGAAGCUAUGAAUGACACUGUGUUGGCAGCUUUUUUGAAUGGCUCAGAUUUUUGGGGUGACAGUCCAUCUGGGGAGAGAGUGCCCUCUUUUCUGCAUCCACCAGGAAUGGAAAGUACCACCAUGGUCUUGAAAGGAGAUACGCUGGAACUGGAAUGCAUUGCAGAUGGCCUUCCAACGCCAAAUAUCUCCUGGACUAAGGUGAACGGGGAGCUGCCAAGUGGGCGUUUUUCAUUUUACAGUUUCCAGAAAACUCUGAAGAUAAAAGAGGUGACAGAAGCAGACGGGGGAGAUUACCGAUGUAUAGCCAAGAAUCGCAUGGGGAGCAGCCAACACACCAUCACCGUAGUGGUCAGAGCGGCUCCCUUUUGGAUCAGUGCCCCUCAGAACCUCAUCUUGGCCCCAAAAGAGACUGGAAACCUCACCUGCGAUGUUGAUGGAAACCCUAAACCCACAAUUACAUGGUCUGUCAAUGGAAAUCCCAUUGAAAGCUCACAUAAUGACCCAAGCCGCAAAGUGUCAGAUGGCGUCAUCACCCUCAGUGACGUUCAGACAGGCUCCAGCGCCGUCUACCAGUGCAACGCCUCUAAUGAUUACGGUUACCUGCUGGCCAAUGCCUUUGUCAGUGUACUAGCUGAACCACCAAGAGUGCUGACGUCUCUAAAUCACGAGUACUCAGUCAUCAGUAACAGCAGAGCUCUGUUAGACUGUGCUUCUUUUGGCUCGCCACUUCCAAAAAUCACAUGGUUUAAAGACAGUCAGAGUAUACUGAACAGUGACUUGUACCACAUUCAUAAGAACGGUACAUUAGAGAUCAAUGUAGCUCAGCCACAAAACAGCGGCAAGUACACUUGUAUAGCAUCAAACAAUCUUGGCAACAAAGAGAAUCACGUCCACCUGCAAGUGAAAGAGCCUACACGAAUCAUCAGGCAGCCGGAGUAUAAAGAGGUCCAGAGGAACUCCAUAGCUGUGUUCGAGUGUAAGGUCAAACAUGAUCCCACUCUCAUUCCCUCCAUGAUAUGGCUUAAAGACAACGGAGAGCUUCCUGACGACCCUCGAUUUGAGGUUGGCUCUGAUAGUCUGACUAUACAUGAUGUGACAGAGGAUGAUGAAGGCACCUACACCUGCAUCAGAAACACCACCCUGGACCAAGAUUCAGCCAGCGCCACACUCACAGUAGUCGAGGCCACACCAACACCAACUAUGAUACUGGAGCAACCGGACCCACCAACUGACCUGGAGCUGACUGACCAGCGCGAGCGCAGUGUUCGGCUAACAUGGACCCCUGGAGAUGAACACAACAGCCCGAUUAAAUUGUUCCUGAUCCAGUAUGAAGAUUCACUCCAUGAGCCUGGAGUCUGGCUCAAUAUGACCGAGGUCUCGGGAACCAGCACAACAGCCCAGCUGGAGUUGUCCCCCUAUGUGUAUUACUCCUUCAGGGUUCUGGCACUCAAUGGCGUGGGUCUGAGUGAAUCCAGCGAUCCAUCUAGACAGUACAGAACCAAUCCUGCAAAGCCUGAUGUGAAUCCAUCAGAUGUUGAAGUCAGUGGAACAUCACCUGACACUAUGACAAUAUCUUGGAGGGAGCUGAGUGGCCUUGAGUCUAAUGGUCCAGGUUUACAGUACAAGGUGAGCUGGAGAAUGAAAGAUGCGGAGCAGUGGACGACAGUCACGCUGGCCAAUGUCUCGCAGCAUGUGGUGACAGGAACACCCACUUUUACACUUUAUGAAGUCACUGUACAGGCGGUCAAUGAUUAUGGAGAAGGCCCCAGACCAGAGGUGGUGCUGGGAUACUCAGGAGAAAACUCACCCACAGUGGCCCCAGAGAACGUAAAAGUUUCAGUUCAGAGCGGGACAGAGGCUGAAGUGCACUGGGAAGCUGUUCCUCUUUCAUCAGUCCGGGGUCGACUGAAAGGAUACAAGGUGACGUAUCAGAAGAUGAGAAGUUUACACAAGCAAGACUAUGAUCGUGAGAAUCCCCAGGUGCUCAUCUUCAGUGGGGAGGAGACUGUGGGACGUCUGCCAGACCUUCACCCCUACAGCCAUUACAGACUCAACAUCAGAGCCUUCAACGGGCAUGGAGACGGACCCUCCAGCACUGACCAGCAGUUCCAGACACCAGAGGGAGUUCCUGGGCCUCCUACAAAUGUAAACAUCCGGAAUCUGAACCUGGACUCUUUGCUGGUGGAGUGGACACCACCUUUGGAAGACAACGGACACUUGACUGGAUACUUGUUGAAAUAUCAGCCAAUCAAUACAACAGAAGAAGCUGGACUGCUCAAAGAAGUCCUUUUACCAGCAAACGAGACCAGUUACACACUCGACAAGCUUACGCACAGCACACACUACAAGUUCUUCCUGAACGCCAUGACUGAAACAGGCUCGGGACCUGCUGUCACUAAAGAGGCCUUCACAGAAGUGGACGAAGCGUUAAUUCGACAUCCCGCAGUAGAGGCGGGUAAAGGCUCUGCCCCCCCUUCACCACCACCACCAACUCCCCCUGUCACUCAAUCUUUGCAGCCCCCGUUUCAGGCGCCACCUGCUGGUCCGAUGUUUGGAAACGUGAACUCCUCGGUGAAGGAGGACCAUGCAGUCAUAAGCUGGGAAUACUUGGGGCCCGAUGGGAAUGUUUAUGUGGAAUAUGUUGUUGAUAACAGUAAAGAACCCUGGAAAACCGAGUUUGUAAAUGGCACUCGGACAUUUCAGAUUAGAGGACUAAAGCCGGGGAUGUCCUAUAGGGUCCGAUUGGUAGCCAAAGACCAUUCAGACGCAACCAUCCACAGUACACAAGAGAUGUUGAUAACAGUUCCAGCCAUGACCAACAGGCAGGCUGAAAUAGCCACACAAGGUUGGUUUAUCGGUCUGAUGUGUGCCAUCGCUUUGCUGAUCCUGGUGCUCCUCAUCGUCUGCUUUAUAAAGAGGAACAAAGGAGGCAAAUAUCCAGUAAAAGAGAAAGAAGAUGCCCAUCAAGACCCAGAGAUUCAGCCUAUGAAAGAGGAUGAUGGGACAUUUGGGGAGUACAGUGAUACGGAGGAUCACAAGCCCCUAAAGGGCAGCCGGACACCAUCCAAUGGCACGGUCAAGAAGGACGACAGUGACGACAGCCUGGUGGAUUACGGCGAGGGAGGAGACGGCCAGUUUAAUGAGGAUGGGUCGUUCAUUGGCCAGUACAGCGGGAAGAAGGAAAAAGACACUGCGGAGGGAAACGAGAGUUCGGAGGCUCCUUCUCCAGUCAACGCCAUGAACUCCUUUGUGUAACCUUUCAUGACCUCCUUUGGCCCAUACAACGCCCAACCCCAUGUUACAUCAUCGUACGGAGAACAGUCUCUAUUGCACUGUGACCUCUUGACAUCACACAGCAAAUGAAAUCUAAAUGAACGCCCAUCAGAAAUGAUGAACCACGAGAAGAGGGCCAGUACUAGCUUUACCGGUCGCAGAGAUGUAGAGUAAGAAGCGUAUUAUCUUUUGGCAAGCAUACAUAUAUAUAUCAAUAUAUGUGUAGAGGAAUAUAUAAAUUGACAUAUAUGAGAAACUAUUUUAUUAACAUAGCCCCAUUUGCGUCGGAUGGCAUUAUAUCACACCAUCUCGUCUCCUGGAAACACAUGGAAUCAGUUAUUGACAUCUUGUACUUGAAACAGCAGAAGGUGAGGUCACAUCAAGCGUUUUUUUUUUUUUUUUUUUUUUUUUUUUUAAUAAAGCAGGUGAAAUUCAAUUGGAAUAGAUUUCUUUUUUUUUUUUUUUUUUUUUUGAAAAGGUGAAAUAUUUCCACACAAACAUUUUGCUUCUCAUACUGACCGACCCAAAGUUAGUUCUUAAAACUGUUCAAGAUCCAUUAAGAAUCUGUGUGAUACUUCAUUUUAAGGCGAAAGAUUUCCUUAAACAGAUUUAUGAGUUAUUUUUUAUUAACAAAUUACUGGCAAUGUUCAAAUUUAAAUCCCUGAGAUUUGGGAUUCUGUGAGAGAAACAAAGAUUUGACUAUGUUUUCCACCAAUUCAUCACACAGAUCAUCUGAAACC